AUGUCUUCCCUCUCUCUCAAGGAACCGAAAACGUAUUCCCUGCCUUCGACUGCAGAUCAUGCUUCUGACCUCACUCAACGAAAAACGUCCAAGUUUCGUAGGCUCAUCGUCUUCGCUGGGCUGACAUACUUCGUAUUGGCAUUGACCAGGCACUGGUCGCCUGUUUCUGAACUCUUAGGAAGCAAAUCUGUACAGAAUGUCAAACCUGAUCAGCAUCUUUGCCCCCAAGUCAACGUACUAGUCCCAGUGGUGAACCGUGGUUUAUGGGAGAGCUUGGGAGAUGUCUACAGAACAGAGGAGUUCAGAUUGAGAGCCAUAGGCUGGCUAUCUGGUGCCGUCAAUGUCCCAACUGAGUCUUAUGAUGGCAUGGAUCCGGUAGGUGUGGAUCCUAGAUGGGAAACUUUUGGGAAACUACAUGAAUAUCUCGAUACUGCUUUCCCUUUGGUGCAUUCCAAACUGGUCCUUACGAAACAUAACACCUAUGGUCUGCUCUAUGAAUGGAAAGGCUCAGAUUCCUCUCUCAAGCCGUUACUACUUAUGGCUCACCAAGAUGUUGUUCCGGUCGACCACAAUACGGUAGAUCAGUGGACUCAUCCUCCUUAUUCCGGCUACUACGACGGUGAACGCCUUUGGGGUCGUGGCUCCAACGAUGACAAGAGCGGACUAAUUGGGAGCUUGUCCGCUAUUGAGACAUUGUUGGAAACUGGUUUUCAGCCAAAGCGUACAGUUCUUCUGUCAUACGGCUUUGACGAGGAAGCUAGUGGAUGUGAGGGUGCUCAAACUCUCGCCAAAGACUUGCUCGAAAAAUUAGGCGAAAAUUCCAUCGCCCUCAUCGUCGAUGAAGGAGUAGGCUUCUCGGAACAAUACGGGACUGUGUUUGCUCUCCCCGGUGUUGCGGAGAAAGGAUACCUCGACACUCGUAUCGAAGUAGCAACAACUGGUGGACACUCUAGUGUCCCUCCUAAUCAUACCAGUAUUGGUAUCUUGUCCAAGUUUUUAGUCGAAAUUGAAAGCCACCCACAUAAGGCCAAAUUGUCGCGGGAUGACAUUUUCUACAGCACUCUUCAAUGCUACGCUGGCCACGCUAAGAGUUUGCCUUCCGAUCUUCGGAAGGCCAUUCAACAUUCCGUGAAAUCGGAUAAAGCUCUCCGAAAGCUUCAAAGGAUUGCAUUUCAGGAUCUCGAGACUCUCAGACUUGUUAGCACCACGCAAGCUAUUGACAUGAUCCAGGGCGGAGUCAAGUCCAACGCCCUCCCAGAACAAGCAUGGGCCAUUGUCAACCACCGAAUUUCUACCCUCAGCUCAGUCGAAGAUGCACAAGCACACGACACCGAAUUGCUAAAAAGUCUCGCCAAAUCGUUCAAUCUCACUUUCACUGCUUUCGGACAACACAUCACAGACCCCGCCAAGCCCUCGAAGGGAAGAUUGACCCUCAGCGACGCAUUUGGCACUAGUUUGCAGCCUGCCCCAAAAACACCCACAUCUGGAGAUAACGCUCUACCCUACGAAAUCCUGUCUGGGACCAUCAAGGCUACGUACAAUAAUCACAGGCAGAUUGAGGGUGACAACAUUGCCGUCAGCCCUGGAAUGUCGACCGGAAACACCGACACGCGUUACUAUUGGAAGUUGACUGACCAUAUCUUCAGAUAUAACCACAAGGACAUGAAGGGUGGGUUGUUGGCGAGCAAUAUCCACACUGUGAAUGAAAAUAUCGAGGUCGACGCCUUUCUGGAGGGCAUCACGUUUUUUACCACGUUGAUAUUGAACACAGAUGAGAGCACCUCGAUUUAG